CUACUGCUCUCAGGUCCAGUUUGGUCGGGUCCCUUAUAAGAGAGAGAGAACUCACUCUUUCUCUCUCCUUCUCACUGGCUAGUGAGCUUCGAAGCCGAGCCCAAAACCGCACUCUAUCUUUCUCAAUCGAGAUAGUGAUAGUUUACUUCGUUUCCUUUCCUUUCUUUGUUUCCCUCCUUAACUCUCUCUCUCUCUUUCUGCUCUUUCAUGGGGAUCUCGAAGACUGGCUGCUUUAUUUCGGGGCUUGAUUCAUAGUGAAAUUACUGGAUACUAGAUGUUUGAAAUAGUAAAGAAGAAGAUCUCUAUGGAUUUGGGUUUGAUCUGAUUGCAGAUGUGUUUGCUUUUUUAGGGCUUUAUGUGUUUUAGGGUUUUUGAAGCUGCAGGUGUACUGUCUAAUUUUUAGUUUUGAUUUCUCUUCCUUUUCCCCUAAUUUUUCGGCUGAGUGUUUGUAAUAGUAAUGGUGUGAAUUAAGGAGUGAAGUUGGAAGAGAUGAGAGAAUGCGAGGGUUUUUUGUUGGAUUGGAAGAUGAUUACUAUUAUUACUAUGGUAGCUGUGAGUGAGGGUUUUAUAUAGCUAAUAUUUGUAUUAAUUAAUUAAGACAGUUUACAAUUAAUAUAUAUAUAUAUAGAAACAAAAGGAGAAAUAAAUUAAGAGUGGAAGAUGAAGCUUUCUACGUCAGGUUUGGGUCAGCAGGGUCAUGAAGGCGAGAAGAAAUGUUUGAAUUCGGAGCUAUGGCAUGCCUGCGCUGGACCACUUGUGUCCUUACCAACAGUGGGGAGCCGAGUGGUCUACUUCCCUCAGGGACAUAGCGAGCAGGUAGCUGCCACUACUAACAAAGAAGUUGAUGGGCACAUACCUAAUUACCCAAGCUUGCCGCCCCAGUUGAUAUGCCAACUCCACAAUGUCACUAUGCAUGCAGAUGUAGAAACAGAUGAAGUGUACGCCCAGAUGACUUUACAGCCUUUGACACCGCAAGAGCAAAAGGAUACAUUUCUUCCCAUGGAAUUGGGAAUGCCAAGCAAGCAGCCAACUAAUUAUUUUUGCAAGACAUUGACUGCCAGUGAUACUAGUACGCAUGGAGGAUUCUCUGUUCCCCGUCGUGCUGCAGAGAAAGUGUUUCCUCCCUUGGAUUUCUCGCAGCAGCCUCCAGCUCAGGAACUUAUUGCAAGAGAUUUGCAUGAUGUUGAAUGGAAAUUUAGGCAUAUUUUCCGAGGACAGCCCAAACGGCAUCUGCUCACAACUGGGUGGAGUGUAUUUGUUAGUGCCAAAAGACUUGUUGCUGGAGACUCUGUUCUCUUUAUCUGGAAUGAGAAAAAUCAGCUUCUUUUGGGAAUUCGUCGGGCUACUCGACCACAAACUGUAAUGCCAUCAUCCGUAUUAUCUAGUGAUAGUAUGCAUAUUGGGCUUCUUGCAGCUGCAGCUCAUGCAGCAGCAACUAAUAGCUGUUUUACAGUUUUCUAUAAUCCAAGGGCUAGUCCAUCUGAGUUUGUUAUACCCCUUUCCAAAUACGUCAAAGCAGUAUUCCACACACGUGUUUCAGUUGGGAUGCGCUUCCGAAUGCUCUUUGAGACUGAAGAAUCAAGUGUCCGUAGGUAUAUGGGCACGAUAACGGGCAUAAGUGAUCUGGAUCCUGUCCGGUGGCCCAAUUCUCAUUGGCGUUCUGUCAAGGUUGGCUGGGAUGAGUCAACUGCUGGUGAGAGGCAACCAAGGGUAUCCUUAUGGGAGAUUGAGCCUUUAACAACUUUCCCCAUGUAUCCGUCGCUGUUUCCCCUCAGACUCAGGCGUCCUUGGCAUCCUGGGCCUUCAUCUCUGCUUGAUAACAGAGAUGAAGCUGGCAAUGGUUUAAUGUGGCUAAGGGGUGGUACUGGUGAGCAGGGUCUUCACUCUCUGAAUUUUCAAGCUGUUAAUAUGUUUCCAUGGACACAGCAGAGGUUGGAUCCAGCAUUGCUAGGGAAUGAUCAGAACCAGUGGUACCAGGCUAUGCUUGCAAGUGGUUUAGGAGAUCCCCUGAGACAGCAAUUUAUGCAGUUUCAGCAGCCUUUUCAAUAUCUUCAACAGUCGAGCAAUCAUUAUCCGCUGUUGCAGCUGCAGCAGCAACAGCAAGCAAUUCAACAAUCGACCUCUCAUAAUAUACUGCAGGCACAAAAUCAGAUUUCCACUGAAAGCUUGCCCCGGCAUUUACUGCAGCAACAACUGAACAAUCAGCCUGAUGAUCAGGCACAGCAGCAACAACAUAAUUACCAUGAUGCACUUCAGAUUCAAGGUGAACAACUCAAGAGACAGCAGUCAAAUUUGCCAUCUCCAUCUUUUUCAAAAACAGAUUUCAUGGACUCAAGCACCAAGUUCUCAGCAUCUACUACCCCCAUGCAGAACAUGCUUGGUUCUCUAUGUGCUGAAGGGAGUGGUAAUCUUUUGGACUUCACCAGGACUGGUCAGUCUCCGCUAACUACACUAACUGAACAGUUGCCACAACAGUCUUGGGUCCCCAAGUAUGCACAUUCACAGGUCAAUGCCUUUACCAAUGCGGUGUCACUUCCACGACCAUAUCCUGAGAAAGAUCAUGCUGUGGAGCCAGAAAAUUGCAGCUUGGAUGCUCAGAAUGCUACUAAUUUUGGUGUGAAUAUUGAUUCGUCUGGACUCCUACUGCCUACCACACUGCCCAGAUAUGCCACUUCUACAGUUGAUUCUGAUGUGUCAUCAAUGCCUUUAGGGGAUCCUGGGUUUCAGAGCUCUAUGUAUGGUGGUGUCCAAGACUCUUCUGAAUUAUUGCCUAGUGCAGGGCAAGUUGACCCACCGACCCCAAGUCGAACAUUUGUCAAGGUUUAUAAGUCGGGGUCGGUUGGGCGCUCACUGGACAUCUCUCGGUUCAGCAGCUACCAUGAGCUGCGAGAGGAACUGGCUCAGAUGUUUGGCAUUGAGGGGAAGUUAGAAAACCCUCAUAGAUCAGGCUGGCAGCUUGUAUUUGUCGACAGGGAGAAUGAUGUGCUUCUCCUUGGAGAUGACCCAUGGGAAGCAUUUGUGAAUAAUGUUUGGUACAUCAAGAUACUUUCUCCAGGGGAUGUACAAAAGAUGGGGGAGCAGGGGUUGGAAUCCUUCAGCCCAAAUGUAGGCCAAAGGAUUGAGUAGAGGUGGGGCUAGAGGCCUUGCCUGCAGCUCUGCACGAAUACUGGCGUUUGAGAGCUGUACGACAUCCUUCCACGUAUUACAUGAAAUUCUCGCGCUCUAGUGUCGAGAUAAGAUUUACUAAGUUUUCAACUAGUGUGUUACUAUGCAUUGUCUCGUAAAAUUUAUUAUAUGCUACCCGUUUUGACUAGACUAACUAGUUCUGAUGAAUUAUUUGACUAUCUUUGUGGUGGAUAAAAUACAUGUAAAUUCACCACAGGCACUUGAAAAUUUUUUUUAGAAUGUUAGCAUAUCUCAAUUUGUGUGAGCAAUCAAAAUCUUAGAAUCUUUGCUGA